GGGAAGACCAGGGAUAUUCUCUUGAUAAGUGCAUGAAUUGGACAAUUUUCCAAUAGGAUCCAGCUGCGACAUCAUCUCUUAGUGCAGUCAUCCCUCAGGGUCUCUAUGCUGCCACCUACUGAUAUGUCAUCUCUCAGUGCAGUGAAUCUCUCAGGAAAAGUGGAGGUGUCGAAAGGAACCAUAUAAGGAGAAGUGGAGAUUUUGAAAGGAACCAUAUAAGGAGAAGUGCGGAUUUUGAAAGGAACCAUAUAAGGAGAAGUGGGGAUUUUGAAAGGAACCAUAUAAGGAGAAGUGGCGAUUUUGAAAGGAACCAUAUAAGGAGAAGUGGGGAUUUUGAAAGGAACCAUAUAAGGAGAAGUGCCGAUUCAAAGGAGUCUUUUAACACUAGAAGUGCUGGAAUUCCAUAACUGCUAGAACCGCAAUGACUUGAUAUUUCAAUUAUUAUUAUUAUUAUUUAAAAUAUUCAAUAAUAAAUAAUGCAUUGUUCAAGUUCAGGUAUCUAACAUUAGCUAGUAUUUACAUUUACGAAAAACGUAACGUUACAUACAUGGUCACCAGUAGGUAACGUUCAAAGACACAGCUCACAAUGAGUGAAUAGACAUUUUUGGGGGGAUAACUAAAAUUCCUUACUGUCAUCUCUGCAGACCAUGACUGACAUCUUGAGUGGCACCUUUCGAAACCCACACCUCUCCUUAUAUGGUUCCUUUCAAAACGUCCACUCCUUUCGAAACCCCCACUUUUCCUGAGAGAUGACAUUGUAGACCCUGAGGGAUGACUGCUCUGAGAGAUGACAUUGUAGACCCUGAGGGAUGACUGCUCUGAGAGAUGACAUUGUAGACCCUGAGGGAUGACUGCUCUGAGAGAUGACAUUGUAGACCCUGAGGGAUGACUGCUCUGAUAGAUGAUGUUGCAGCAGGACUCCUCCAAUCUUCCAGUCCUGCUAAGCAUUCAAAAUAACUCAGGGGAACUCCUCCAGAAACAGCAGCAUAAAGAAGUAGGCUAACUCAGGAGUGAGAAUGAUGGGUGAGACACCAGUCAGGGAGGAUGGCACAGUUACAAGGUCAGCUGAGUAUGUUGGCUCUUUUCACGUGGACGACUGCUGUUUGGACGAUCAGAUGCAGCAGUUGCACACACAGCUAAAGUCUCUCAAAACAUGCAAGAAAAGGAGGUCUGUGUCCCUUAAAUUUUCCAUCAAAGGGGUGAAGAUGUAUGAUGAAGAUGAGACGACCCUCCUCAUGGCCCAUGCUCUACGAAGGGUCUCCCUUUCCACUGCCCACCCCUUGGAAGCCCAGUUCGCCUUUGUUUCCCACAACCCCGGCAGCGCUGAUGCCCAGCUAUACUGCCACCUUUUCAAGGCUAGGCAUGCCAGAGCAGCCCAGUUCCUGAACCUGUUGCUGUGCCGCUGUUUCCAGCUGUCCUACCUGGCAAAGCACCCAGAGGAGGCGCAGGAUGAGUCUGUCGGCCCACUGCCCAGCCGUGCCCCCUCCCUCCUCAACCAGGGCUUCCCUCUCAGUGUCAGUGCCCUUGUGUCAUUCCGAAGGGCCCCCACUCAGGGCUUACUCCCAGGGGAAAAGGUCUUCCCAUUGAAGAACAACGGAACAACAACUGAGGAACAACCAAGCAGCCAAGAGGAGGUCUUCACUUCCUCUCCUUCCCUGGUGCGCAAGAGAGCCAUCCGCAACAAAGUACUGCGCUCAGGGGCCUAUCGCUCCUUCACUUACAGCCCUCACAAACAACGUCACCUCCAGGAUCAGCUAAACUCUCCAGAAGGAAAGGGGCAGGACAAAAUGCCAGUGAGGAGAGCCCGGGCCCCGAGCCUUGCUGAAACAGAAGAAGCUCUGGCUCAAGCAGUGUGGUGUUGGGCUGGCAUUGCCACUGACAGCAGCUCCUCCCUGCUUGCAGAGGAUGUCCUGGGGUCGUACCUGCUGUGCCCCCAUCCUAAGAGACCUGGCUGUGGCUCUCUCAUAAUUCGUUUCUCUUCUGGACUGGUCACCCACCUAAUAGACAACACCUCCAACGGCAAAUACCUGCUCGAGAACUGCCACAUAGAAUUUAGCACCAUUGCUGCCUUGAUAGAGCACUGCACCGAUAUCAAGGGGGAGCUGGACUGUCUGCUGAGUUGUGCUCGUGUGAACCACUGCUAUGAGUGGGAGGAGAACGUUGCUAAGGCACUGCCUUUAGCCUUACACCAAGGCCUCAAAAGAAAGAAUGCAAAAUAUACCCAGAGGAAACAAUGGGUUUAAAAGUAAUUUCUGAUCAUUGGAUUGAUCGAUGUAUCUCAUUCUCUAAAAGACACUGACCAUAUGUUACACUGACACCUUAAAUAUAAUAUAAUUAAUUAACUUGCAUGCUUCACUUUUGUUAUUGUUUUCAGAUUUCUGAUAGAAACACAACUCUAACUAUCAAAUUUACUUCCAGCAGGUGAAUUGUGAUAAGUAGAGUAGCAUUUUGAUACUUAGGCUCUGGGAUGUAGGGAUGUUUUAAUGUCAAAAAGCUAUGUGUGUUUGAGUAUAUUCUUCUGUUUUUUAGCUGCACCUACUUUACUUCACCUACGUUUGAAUUAUAUUAUUUUAAUACAUUUUAAUUACAAUAUUUUAAAACGUAGGAAUAUUAUGUGUGUGUUUGUAUAGACUAUAUAGGGACAUUUUUUAUAGAUUUUGCAGACMAAGGUUUUUUUGUACAUUAACUCUGACUCAUGUUCAGCUGUCUUUUUGAAUUUGUGUUUUUCACUGCCGUCUUUUAAAGUGUUCUGUGAGAACUAGCAGCAUUUCUUCAUUUUGAUUACAGAUAAAUGUACUUGCUGAACGAAA